UCUCUCUCUCUCUCUCUCUCUCUCUCUCUCUCUCUCUCUCUCUCUCUCUCUCUCUCUCUCUCUCUCUCUCUCUCUCUCUCUCUCACUCUCUCUCUCUCACUCUCUCUCUCCUGGUUGGCAGAGGUGGAGGUCGGUGAGCUGCUGCUGUUCACUCAGCGCCGCUCUGCUCUGGGAAAAAGUGGCCGACGGAUUAUCCAGCUCGGUAACGUUAGCUCACCGGGCUAACGGUAAAGGCAGCAACCGGGAGGAGUCAUGAAUGGCCGCUGGAACCAGUGAAAGUUGCUCACGCCUUUUACUCUUGGACUUUAAUGAACGGAAAUACAACAAAAAAACUGGUUCGCGGAUCAUGCCGUCGCCCCAACGGGAACUUUUCUCUUGGAUCUUCACUUGGGGAAAGGCUAGCUUAGGGGCUAGCGACGCUACAAACUAUUUUUAAUUGGCUUUGGGCUCAAUGGCUCUUGCUUGUUUUGCCCUGUCAUAGCGACAGCUUGGGAAAUUAAACCGGGGAGAGGCCCCCCUGGUAACUUCAUGACAAACCAAAGACCGGUUUUGAAGCUUAACUUCGGGAGGCAAGGGACCGAAAAUGAAGAAGCAGUUCAACCGGAUGAAACAGCUCGCCAAUCAAACAGUUGGCAGAGCGGAGAAGACAGAAGUCCUCAGCGAUGACCUCUUACAGAUUGAGCGGCGCAUGGAGUUGGUGCGGGUGGUUUCCCACAACACCCACAAGCGGAUGGUGUCAUGUCUACAGGGACACAUCGGUGCAGACGCAGAGAAGAGACAUUCUGUACCACGCCUCUAUACAGGAAACGGUCAGAAAAAGCUUCCCCUCACUUCACUCUCCCAGGCGAUGGUGGAGGGCGGAAACCAGUUGGGAGAAGACUCGCUAAUAGGGAAGAUGAUGGAAGUGUGCGGUGAUGCAGAGAACCGUCUGGCUUCAGAGCUGAUGCAACACGAGCUGCAGAUAGAGAAAGACGUUCUGGAUCCCCUCAGUCAGCUAGCAGAGGUGGACAUUCCCAACAUCCUGAAGCAGAGGAAACAGUUGGCCAAAUUGGUGCUGGACUAUGAUUCUGCCAGAGCAAGAUGGUUGCAGGCGACCAAAUCAAUAAUCUCAGGAACAAACACUCAUGCACUGACGGCUAAGGCUGACCUUCUCAAGGAGGAGAUGGACGAGGCCAUGAACAAGGUGGAGCUUUGCAAGGAUCAGCUGGCUGCAGACAUGUACAGUUUUUUCUCCAAAGAAGGGGACUAUGCCCUCUACUUCGUAACACUCUUAGAAGCUCAAGCCGAUUACCACAGAAAGUCCCUCACUGUUCUGGAGAAUGUGUUGCCCACCAUCCAGGCACAGCAAGACUCGUGGACAGAGAAGCCUGCGUUCGGCACCGGACUGGAUGAACACCUGAAGAGGAGUAGCAGGGAGGUCGCCCUCCCGUUAGAGGCCUGUGUGAUGAUGCUUCUAGAGACUGGAAUGAAGGAAGAGGGUCUAUUCAGGAUCGCAGCAGGAGCGUCUAAGCUAAAGAAGCUAAAGGCAGCGCUGGACUGUUCCACGUCGCAACUAGAAGAGUUUUACUCCGACCCACACGCUGUCGCUGGUGCACUGAAGUCCUACCUGAGAGAACUACCUGAACCUCUAAUGACCUACCAGCUCUACGAUGAAUGGAUUCAGGCUUCCAGCGUGUCAGACCCAGACAAGAGGCUGCAGGCUCUCUGGGUGGUUUGUGAUCAGCUACCAAAGAACAACAAAACCAACCUGAGGUAUCUAGUGAAGUUUCUAGCCAAACUUGCCCAGGACAGCGAGGUGAACAAAAUGACUCCUAGCAACAUCGCCAUCGUCCUGGGACCUAACCUGCUGUGGACCAAGACUGAGGGGAGUCUGGCUGAGAUGGCUGCAGCUACCUCUGUGCACGUGGUGGCCAUCAUGGAGCCCAUCAUCCAGCAUGCUGACUGGUUCUUUCCUGAGGAUGUGGAGUUCAACGUGUCUGGCAUGUUUGCGAUGCCCACACCUGCAUCCAACCACAACAACCACCUUGAUUACGACUGCAGCACCAUAGAGAGGAAGAGGCCCGGCAGCAUGGUGGGACCAGAGAACGACGCAUCGCGCAAAGACAGCACCCCUAACAAGUACUCGGACUACACCCUGCGUAGAGGCAGUAACGCCUUAGGUAGAAAGCAGCACACCUCACCUGCCUUCCAACCUCCUUUACCCCCUGUGGAGGCUCAGCCCUCCGCCGAGCCCCAGCCCCAGUCACAGGCUCCGUCAGGGGGUUCAGGGCCUGACGCCUCCCAGCAAAGCUUGGCGCAGAGUCUGGCUGCUCUCGCUGCAGCUCAGCAGCUUCUCGCGCAGCACACAGAGGAGCUCAGUAACCCAAAGCUACGUGACCCGACCUCCGGCCACACACCUCUCCUCCAGAGGAACGGCUCCGGGGCAGGAGGCCAGUCUGCAGGUCAGCAGGGCACUGGCAACCCCGGGGCUGGAUCCAUGGGGCCCAGUCCUCACCUGAUGCGAAGAGGUACCAAGAAGCAGGCUCCAGCCCCUCCCAAACCAACAAACCCUCCACCCAGCCAGCCCUGUAACUCAGUGAACCACGCCUCCUCCCCCUCCUCCCAGUCCCUCAGCCCCACCUCCAGACCCCUGUCCGGCCACCCACCCGCCUCGCCCACAUCUCCCACCUCACAGCCCUGUGCCACACCGAGACGCCACUCCAGCAACCAGCCCCCCAUCCAGGCACCCAACCAUCCGCCCCCUGAGCCUCCAACGCAGGCCAGCUCGCCGACGCAACCUGCCUCCCCGGGCAAACCCGAAGGAGACCAGCGGAGCGCUGACUCCUCUCCUCCGGGCACCCCGACUCCUCCAGACACCCCUCCGCCCUCUGCUGCGACCCAGGACGCGGCCGCUCCUCCGUCCCCGUCCCCGUCUCCCUACCAGACCGGAUCUCUUCCCCGGCCGCGGCCCGUUCCCAAACCUCGGAACAGACCCAGUGUCCCCCCUCCGCCACAGCCCACCGCGCUGUCUGGUGACACUAACGGGAUCUGUGCCACCGCCUACAAGAUGAUGGACCCUGCGAUGUCUUUCAAAGGGCUGAGUCGAGCGUUGGUCCCUGAGCUUGCUGUAGACCAGCAGCCAGCGACCUCCUCUUCUUCUUCCUCCUCUUCUUCCUCCUGCUCCCUGCCUCCUCCCAAAGACUUAGACCUGGAAUCUGAGAGCACCGUCCUAUAAGGAGAAGACUGUGACAUGAUCGGGUCCAGUUACCAUCACGCCCCCCCCCCCUCCCCACGUGGAUCACCUACAUUCAUACUCACUCUUCAUGUAGCCCUGCUCAUGCUUCUGCCCCGCUGCUGACACGUGUUACCCAGUCCCGUCUGUUUGAAGGAUUUUUUAAUGUGACAUCAUGAAGCUUCUUGCAGCCAUCAUGGAGGUCCACAGCUCCUGUAAAACACUGCAGAGUGGGUUACUCAUGAUAUAUUAAUUUUUCAGCAUGACAACCAAGAAUAAGACCUCAUGAAUGUGGCCUUUACAGCUACUACACACAAAUGAACAACACUGAAAAUAAGAUACUUUUUCACAUGAUCCAUAUAUGAUCUGUAACCACAAAUCAUCAAAGGUUAGAGCUGAAAUUCAAUCAAAAUCAACAAUCUGAUCAUUGAUGAGUCAUAUUUGAAGAGAAAAAAAAACAACCUGAGAAUGUCAACUCAUAUUUAGGAUUCAAGGAAAUUGUGACAGGGACGUUUUCACUCCUUUUUAAAUGUUUUAUAGAUCAAAUGAAUUAUUAAGAAGAUAAACAACAGAUCAGUCGUUAAUAGCAGACCCAUUCAUAGAGUAAAACGCCUUAUUGGACCCCAUGCUUUGAUUUUAGUGUAUUUAAACUCCAGCCACACUCCAGCUGUUAUUUUUAAAAAACUCUCAGUUCUUGUGACCUCCAUGAUGGUUCCAGGUGUGACGAACAGCCUCUACACUGCAUCACAUACCAUCUGGCACUUCAUCUUUACACUGUGCUGCCUUGACAUGAAGCUCCAGACAAUCAGACCACAAACAGUAGAGGGAGCAGUCGGCCAAUCAGACGACACUGAUGCGUCCUGAAGCAGACAGGAUGAGUUAAGAGGAGGCUUGGUUUGAUGAGAUCAAUUUGGACUUUGGUGUGAGAUGUCUCUGUGUUUUUUUUUAUGUUCUAAAACAGUCUUACAACACAAAAUAAAAAGAUGAAAGUUAUCUCUAUAUCAAAGGGGGAGGGGCAAAGGUCUGCAGGAAGAAGUUGAAACCAAAACUGUUGAUUAAAGUGUAGCUGGUGACUGCAGGUUUCCAGUCGUCUCAAACACUUUUCCCCUUUUUUUUUGUAUGCUAACCCCGCCCUCUUGUCUUCCCCCCCCCACUCCUGUAUUUAUUUCCCGAUUUCAAAAACACACAUUCCCUGUGGCUUAGACAGAAUUCAUGCAGUCUUUAAAUGUAAAUCAUGCCUUAUCGGGUCCUGCCAGAACCACGUAAUAAGCAUCACAUAUUUACUGGCUCCUUGUACUACAGUAUUAACAAGAAGCCGUCUUGGUAACAAGUAUGUAUCAGGGACAUGAGGAGGGGGAUAGAAUACUUGUGUGGGUCUGAAGUUGUGUAUUUAUAAGUGUUUUUGGUUGAUCACUUUUGGGUUUUUCUGAACAGAAGUAGGAGGGUGCGCCGCCCUCUCAGCCUGAACAGUCAGUAUUUCUGCCUCUCUGUUAUUACUCUCCCAUGGAUGUUCGUGUUUUCCAGGGAAUUUCUUGCAUUCAAAGAAAGGCUGUGUGCGAGUGAAUGUAGUGGAAGGACAAUGCUUAGCAGCCUCUUUUUCCCAACAGGAAGACGCAUAAACAGCUGAUGUUGCACUUGAGCGCAGGCCAGCGAGCGGUGACCUCGUGAACUGAUGUUUGAGGAUUGUUUUUUUUUUUUUUUCAGUCUUUCCCUCUGAGCUGAGAGCACACAGCGCUGUGAAACCUCAGUAGUGAAGUGGUGUUAGACGCUUGCCAGGUCAAAAGAUUCUAAAAACAAAUGCUUUUUCCUUGGAAACUCUGCUCUCUCUUUUUUUUUUGAUGCAGUUUGGUUCCCAGAGAACUGACCCAACAUGGUACCGAUGGAGAAAGUCUCGGAUGCUGAAGUUGCCCUGAAAACGAGUUUUUAAUUUUGUUUUUCAGAGACAAUCGAGCAUUAUAACCCCCCCAACCUUUCUCUCGUUGCUCCUGUACCUUCGCUGCCUUAUCCCUGUGUAUGAAGAGAGCUUGAUAUUUCAAGGCUCUGAAAGAACAAAUGCCAUUAAAGGAGACAUGAUAAUGCUGCGUUUUUAAGCUCUAUAGUUUUGUAUGUAUUCUGUCUGUGAGCUUAAGACAUGUUAUAUGAAUGCUUGAUAAUACCCCCUUUCCAAAGAAAAUAAAGUAUAUGAAGAACUAUUCAAAA